AUGUGCGGCUACACCCUUCAUCUCACCAACAGCACCAACCGAUGUGGCAACUACAACAUCGUACUAGGCCACCCCGCUGAUCCCACCAUCCCGAGAGUCACCAAAGAUGGGUCUCCGCCACAGCCCUACUGCAAUAUGCCUGAGUGCCGUUACCAGCGCGGUCAUUCCAGAUCCCCCUACCACGCCGACCCCAGGUUUUCCUGCGACCAGCUCGGCUGCUCAAUUGGCCCGUAAGCAGUAAAUUCACCUUUUAGAAUACCCUCUACCCUCCCGCCUCAUACUUCACAUUCUACCGCACUCGUUCCCACUGAUUGAUCUCCCCAGCUUCAUCGGCUACCUCAAGACAACGAGCCGCUCCUCGCGCGACUGCGGGCUUCGCCAGUGCGAGACCUGCCGGGGCGGCAGCCAGCAAUGCGCAGGAUAUUCCGC